CGCAUACAUGUGUUCUGUUAUCGAUAAUAAUAUAGUGAUGUGGGAUGUGGGUGAAAGUGAGUAAAAUUGUAUGUACUGCAGUAUUGGAUGGUAAAGGUCAACCAAGAUUUACUACUGGAAAAUGGAAUCCACAAAGUGCCAACUUACAAUUUGUAACUGCUGAUGAUUGUAAUAUAAAAGCUUGGGAUUUAAGAACCCAGACAAAAAUUGCAUGGAGUCUAGAUGGAGUUCAUACUCAAAUUAUUAGGUAUAAUCAAUGUUUGAUAAAAUAACUUA